CCGUGGGAGUUGGGGAUAUUCUACAUUUUGGUGGCUGUGCUCUUGUACUUUCUUUCAACUCCAAUGGAUGUACGUUUUUACGACUUGAAGUCAUUGAACAUGUUGUAACCGCAAUGGAUCAGACAGGGUUCAAAUGCUUUGAACAAGUCCAUGCAAAGCCUUUGGUCUACCCACAGAAAGGCGAAGGUCAAUUUAAAUGCUCCUGCUCCGCUUCCGCCAAACACGCCUCUUGAGAUCCCUCCAGAAAAUGCAAACCAACUACUCGCCUUAGAAAACCCAGUUGAGCCAGGAAUAUCGAUUCCUCCUUCAUCUUCUAUCGCACCUGCUAUGAAUGAAGUAACCUCCCCUGACACUCGUCCCCCUUCCUCAAAGCGAAAAUUGCGCUCAGCCCGUCCAACAGUAGAAGACGGUAGUAAACGACCAAAGUUAUCUACCAAUUCCAUAGCGAAGGACCACACUCCCCCUGCUACUCGGUUGUCCGAUCUGGGUGGUGUAGAAGCAUGUGUGGAGAAGAUGCUGGAGCUUGUUGCCAUGCCUCUCUGUCAUCCGGAAAUCUAUCUACACACUGGUGUACAGCCUCCACGUGGUGUGUUGCUACAUGGCCCUCCGGGAUGUGGCAAGACCCUUCUAGCGAAUGCGAUAGCUGGGGAGCUGGGUGUUCCUUUUAUCAGCAUAUCUGCUCCCUCUAUUGUGUCUGGUAUGUCUGGAGAGUCAGAAAAAACGCUACGAGAUACAUUUGACGAGGCUAAGCGUGUUGCUCCUUGUCUACUGUUUAUUGACGAGAUCGAUGCUAUCACUCCAAAACGAGAGAGUGCUCAGAGGGAGAUGGAAAGACGUAUAGUCGCCCAGUUCUUGACGUGCAUGGAUGAUAUGUCUUGGGAGAAGACCGAAAAUAAGCCGGUGAUUGUCAUUGGCGCGACAAACCGACCAGACUCAUUAGAUGCUGCUCUCCGCCGCGCAGGCCGUUUUGACCAUGAGAUAAGCAUGGGCGUCCCGGAUGAGGAGGCCCGAAACAAAAUUCUGCGAGUACUAUGCGCGAAACUCCGGCUAGACGGCGACUUCAACUUCACUGCCUUUGCCAAAGCCACGCCCGGCUACGUAGGCGCAGACCUAUCAGCGUUAACAGGCGCAGCAGGUGUCAUCGCCGUGAAACGCAUCUUCAAACAACUCACAGACGGCACGCUCGUCCUUCCGGAAGCACCAGAAAACAUCGGCCAAGAUAUUCCCAUGGCAGUGGAUCCGCCGCCCACGCCUCCAGCCGAUACCACGCCAAAUCCAAUCCCUUUUUUCUCUCUAGCAUCUCAACUCUCUGCUUCUUCCAUCGCGCACUUCCUCAGUGCUCAUCCUUCUCCUCUCACACCUGCUCAGCUCGCCCCUCUCUGCAUAACCUCGGACGAUUUUUACGCCGCGCUACGGGAAGUUCAGCCUUCCUCUAAGCGAGAGGGUUUUGCAACCGUGCCAGACGUGACGUGGGCUGAUAUCGGCGCACUGCAUGGCACACGCGAAGAGCUGCACAUGGCAAUCGUGCAGCCUAUCAGGCGCCCUGAGCUGUUCAGUGCUGUAGGUAUCGAGGCAGCGUGUGGUGUGCUGUUGUGGGGUCCGCCGGGAUGCGGAAAGACUUUAUUGGCGAAAGCUGUCGCGAAUGAGUCCAGGGCGAAUUUCAUUAGUGUCAAGGGCCCUGAGCUCCUAAACAAGUAUGUUGGCGAGAGCGAGAGAGCUGUGAGACAGGUGUUCUCUCGUGCCCGGGCCUCAUCUCCCUGCGUGAUUUUCUUCGAUGAGUUAGACGCUCUCGUCCCUCGAAGAGAUGAAAGCAUGUCAGAAUCUUCUGCACGCGUCGUGAAUACGCUACUCACAGAGCUAGAUGGACUUGACUCCCGCAAAGCUGUCUACGUCAUCGCCGCAACUAACCGUCCCGAUAUGAUCGACCCAGCUAUGGUUCGCCCAGGGCGGCUCGACAAGCUCCUCUACGUUGACCUACCAAGUGCCGACGAACGCGUCGAGAUCAUACGGACGCUGGCGCGUAAAAUUCCAUUCGCACCUACAGAACCUGGUACCGAGACGAUCCUGCAGGGCGCGGAGCAAAUUGUGCAGGAGAAAUGUGAUGGGUACAGCGGUGCGGACCUCGCAGCUGUCGUUCGGGAAGCAGGCGUUGUGGCGCUGAGACGUGUCCUCGGUGCGCUUGAACAGAUAGAUGACGGUGGUGGAAGUUUGGUAGAGAAUCAGCCGCGAGUUGUUGUUGUGUUGGAGGAUUUCGUUCGCGCUCAGGAUAAGGUCGGUCCUAGUGUGUCUGCUGUGCAGCGGAGGAAGUAUGAAGCGCUGCGAGCCAAGUUCGCUGGUCUUCCUGUGCGAACAGGGAAAGAUGUCGAAUAGAAGUGAGCUGUUGACGGUUCGCUUGAUCGAGAAUUUGACAUGAAUUUCGAGACCAUUCUUAAUCGAAUUCAUAUAGAGACGGUUUGAACCAACAGUACAGGAACGCAUAAGUCCUUAUCUACCUCUGAACCUCCCUCUAGUCCUUUUCAUCCUUUGAUACCCCCAUCGUACAGUCUAUGUUCAGACAAGUUAUAG